CCCUUAUUUCGUUUAGUUGAGGGUAAGAAGUUCUGGAAGUCUGACGUUUGAAUCAGCUCUAGCCGGUUGAUAUCAUCAUCUUCCGCGUUUGAAAAAUGAAUCAAAAUAUCAAAAUUUCACAUCAGCUGUCAGUCAUAAAAAACAUCCUUUUCCUUCUGCUCUGUGGAUUAAUCUGCGCAUCGCACACUAGUACGAUACGGGCGAAAAGUCAUAUUUCCAACGAUGAAAAUUUCACGAAGGAAAGAGAAGAAUGCAAAAGAGCAGCUGGUAACCCAAUCAACGAGGAAUUAGGCGUUGCUCUAGUGGAAACAUUAAAACGUAUCGGAACUGAAUUAGUAAAGUACGUGGAAAAUGGUGACCACGAACAGACCCAACUUACCAUAGGUGAAAUAAAAAAUAUGUGGAAAUGUCUAGUCCUAAACGAGGAAUCGAUGGCGAAUUCUGGCGAGUCGCCGGAAUCUCUGAAAAAGUACAUGGCAGAAAUCCUAUACUUCGCCAAUGAUCGGAAUUGCAAGUCACCAGACGAGACAUUUUUCAACGGUCAAUGUCUUCCCAUCAGUACAACAAAAAGGAGCGAAUAUUGUGACGUGCACAUGGGACUCUACGACGAUGAAAAAAACAAAGGAAUUUGUGACUGUCUGGAACUGACGAAAGAACAAGCGAAAUCAGAACUACGGCCAAUAUAUUCAGAUAAGACUGGAUUCUGUCAUCGACAAAAUACUCAGGGCCCCUGUGAAAUUGGAGAAUGGUUCGUACUGAAGAACACUUCGCUGUGCGAACCGGUCCCGGACGGAUGCCCAACUGACGGUCGGCACGUCUACUGGAAUCCCGACAAUUCCACGGCCAAACAAUGCUGGGAGAUAUGGACUCGGGGACCAUGCAAAGAAGGGCAAUUAUUGCAUUUGGCACAAGACAAUGAAGCACAGGUUUACUGUAGCUCCGUAUCAGCCGAGAGCAUGGGUGACAAGUCAAUAUCGAAUAAUUCUUCAUGCCCGCCAGGUACUAUUCGCAAUCAACAAAACACAUGUGUCACUGCAAAUACCUUUCCUGGUUAAAAAAAAAAAUUAAUUCGUGUGUACCCCGCUUGAUUGGGAUAAGCCUCUGAGCAAUUCAGUUGUUACAUUUUUUUUUAACGAAUUUAGAGUGGAUUGAAAGCAACGACUCCUUGCUUUCGUUUGAUUUUGAAUGCAAAAGAGAUCCGCUCUUUCAACUCAACAAAAAAGUUAUCAUGCCUUUUGCGAAUUCUGAUUGUUCUAUUCCGUUUUGGUGCUUCUGUUUUUCGAAUAUUUAUGUGCGUCGCUUACGAUUCAAAUGUAAAUCUAUUGACAGAAAAAAAAAGUUUGAUAAAUGCGCAAAAUUAUUUUGGAUUAGGUCGCUCACCAAAAGGAAAGCGACAGAUAAAGAAUCAAAGUUGUUUCUGAAUGGACAAAUACAGCGAAAAAUCAGAAGAAAAUAAAAACGCGACGGGGAUAAUUUCCGUUUUAGACAUAAAAGAGGCCUGACAACAAUUGGACGGCCUCCUGCUAUCCUAUUCAUAACGAACAUAGAGUGACGCUACAAGUCUUAAUUUUGUCUUCGUUUUAAACGUCUGCAGUAAAAUAUCCGGCGCGUCGGGAACACUGGGAUCCGAGAGAGCGGAACUUCAUGGCGGGAAAAUUCGAAUACAAUUUUGUUUUAAACCCUUCAACAAUUUACACGCGAGACUACGAAAAUUUGGCAUUCGAAAGCGCUGAAUUCACUUGGACUGCCGAGGAACGUAUAUCAAGACUGACCAAGAUCUGAUACAUAAGAAUGGUAUGGAUUGGAUAUUGGCUCAACUUACCUUUCACGUAGCGAACGAAUAGAAGGGGAGGUGAGGGGCAACUUGGGAAGAAGAUGAGCAUCAGGAGCGCAAAAUUCUAAUCCUGCAGGAUGCAACGAGCGACGACGACGGGCAUCUUACAAAAAAAAAAAGAAUUUCAAUUGCAUGUUAGUAAGUUGUUCUGCAUGAAAGAACAAUGACCACUGUCCUGAAGUCACUCGAAGAAAUCAUGGCGACGCAUAAGGAGGUUACGUCGAUAUAAGGAUGUCGCAUGCAUCAAGAGAUCUAUGUAUAUUUCACGGAAAGCAGUUCUUAUUGAAGGGCAUCUCCUUCUGAAACUGGCUCCAAGAGAAUAUUUGACCCACAUGUAUAAAUAAUUUAUUUCCUUAACUGGACACAGAACUCAAAUGGUCGUAAUAUAACGGGCAACCUAUAUAGGAAACGAAAAUACAGAAACAAGAGCUGCGUCGUCAGUCUCAAUUUGGAAAACCCCAAUUUUGAUUAGUUAAUUGUCAGCAGUUCGAGACGUUUGACGUUUGAAGUAGCGCUUGGCCAGUUGAUAUAAUCUUUCGUCUCGUUUGAAAAAUGAUUCAACAUAUUAGAAUAUCUCGUCAGUUAUUAUUCGUCAACAAAAUCUUGUUCGUUUUUUCCCUCUUUGGAUUAAUCGGCGCACCACACACUAAUACCAUCCGGGCAAAACGGUAUUUUUUUCCAUUAUUUAUUGCCAUCGAUGGGAGUUUCACGGAGGUGAAGGUGAAUGAAUGGAAAGGAGCAGCUAGUAACAGAAACCAAGAGGAAGAUGGUUCCGCUUUUCUAGUGAAAAUAUUGAAAAAUCUUGGCUCUGAUUUGGUAGAUUCAGUGGAAUAUGGCGACGACGAACUGACCCAAAUUCUCCUCAGUGAAAUCAAAGAUGUAUGGCGACGUAUAGUCAAUAGCCCGAAAUCGUUGGUGAAUUCCGGCGAGACGCCUGAAUCGCUUGGAAUCUACAUGGCUAAAAUCCUUUUCAUCGCUAAGGAUAGGCAUUGCGAAUCACCAGACGAGACAUAUUUCAAUGGCCAAUGUCUUCCCAUCAGUACCAAAAAAAGGAGCGAACAUUGUCCGGAGCACAUGGGACUCUAUGACGAUGAAAAGAACGAAGGAAUUUGUGACUGUCUGGAACUAACGAGAGAACAAGCGAAAUCUCAACUACGGCCAAUAUAUUCAAAUGAAACUGGCGUCUGUCAUCUGCAAAAUACUCAGGGCCCCUGUGAAAAUGGAGAAUGGUUCGUACUGAAGAACACGUAUCCGCGGUGCGAACCGGUCCCACACGGAUGCCCAACUGACGGUCGGCACGUCUACUGGAAUCCUGACAAUUCCACGGCCAAAGAAUGCUGGGAGAUAUGGACUCAGGGACCAUGCGAUAAAGGGCAACUAUUACAUUUGGAACAAGACACGGAAGAGUUGCAACUGUACUGCAGCUUUCGAUUAGCUGAGUUCUCGAUUUCAAAUUCUAUAUCGUAUCUUGUUCCUUAUGUUUUUCGGUGCGGGAUAGGUUCUUUCCGCAGACAGUUUGGUGCAUGCAUACCCGCUUUCUUUGGUUAAACAAAUGAACUAAUGCGUUAGCGGCUUAGCUGAUGGAAUAUGCCUCUAUGUACAAUUCUUUUGAUGGAAAUUUGUUUUCAAAAUAAAAAUACUCGUCCUGC